AUCAAGCAACCGUCCGUUCUCCAGCCACACCCGCAAAGCAAAGUCAAGCGCUCGUUUCUUCCGCGCUCAUCUCUCUCUCCAGCCAUCAUCAUCGGUUCGAUUUCCCCGAAUUUCUCAGAUCACAUCGCCUGAGAAGGAGGAGGAAGAGGAGGAAGAAGAAGAAGAUGCAGCAGCAGCAGCAGCAGCAAGAGAACGGUUGCGGAUUCAUGUCGUGCGAGAAGCUGGACAGGAUGGCCAAUUGGGUGGGCGCCAGCGUCGCCUCCGCCUUCUUCGCCUCCCUCGAGCGCUGCUCCUGCAUCAACCUCAGCACCACCGACCUCGACGACGACGACGAGUCCAAGGACCACCGCCCCCUCAUGCUUACCAAGCCCAUCUCUCACGAUCCCCUCGCCGCCGCCGCCGCGGGCGGCAAUUCCGCCCCCUCCCCCGCCCCCGCCCCCGCUCCCGCCCCCUGCCUUUCUAAUUAGCUUUGGUUCCCCCUCCGAUCGAUUGUGCUUACAUCCUCCGUUCAAAAGGGUCGUUUCCUGUUGAAUUAUUGGGGACAAAUAAACGAGAAAGAUGUGAUUUUUUUGCUUUGUCUGAUGCUCGUCGUCGUCAAGUCUUGUGUAGAUAGAGAGCUGUGGGCUUUCGGGCUAUCUAGAUAGAUGUCCUUGGUUGCUCGUCAACCUGGAAAUUGUUAUAUAUGCUGUGUUACGAUUCGGCCCGGAACUGGAUGUUGCUGCUAGAUUUCUGCCCCUAAAUGGAUGAGAGCUGAAUCGACUGCUCGUGUAUAUUCAGAAUCUUGACAAUUGAGCUUAAAUGCUCGCUAAUUAUUCUCAGAUGGGUAGCCGUCUGGAUUUGAAUUUA